UUCUUCCUAAAAUGGUUUUCCAAACAUGGUGUAGAAGUGAUUGUCGAGCAGCCAGUCAAUAGAAGAGGACGAGGAGGCAAAGAGAACCCAAACAAAAAAUCAGAAUCAGUUGCUGCUUCCAUCACUAGAGAGAGACAACACAUUUCAUAUUCAGCUUCCUCUUUCGGGGGUUCUUUUGUCCUUGUUUUCUGGAAUUGGUUUCUCUGGGAAUUAGCUUUCCCUUGAAAUUCCAUCUUGCAAGAUCUGAUACACCUGUUAGCUUGUUCAUUUACUGCAUGCAUGGGAACAGUGGUUGUCUCGGAUGCUACAAAAAACCCACACUAAUUACAUCUGUAGAUGAGCCAUCAAAGGGAUCAAAGGUUCAAGGUCAGACAGUGAAAAAACCUAGCAUUUCAGAGGAAUUCUGGACUACCAGCACUUGUGAUAUGGACAACAGUGCAGUUCAGUCACAGGGAAGCAUGUCAUCAAUCAGCACUAUCAACCAGAUACAUGAUCUGCAUGGUGGCUCCAGUAGCACUACUGCACCUUCUGAAUUUGUAAACCAUGGUCUUUUGCUUUGGAAUCAAACAAGGCAGCGUUGGGUAGGAGAGAAAAGGUCCGGGAACCGUGCACAGCAGUCUCGGGAACCCAAACUAAACACUCAUUGUCUCUCCAUGGUUAAAAACUUCUGGCCUUGCAGUUGGAACGCGACAUAUGACAGUUUACUUGGAACCAACAAGCCAUUCCCUCAGCCAAUUCCUCUCUCUGAAAUGGUAGAUUUUCUAGUGGACGUUUGGGAGCAGGAAGGCAUGUAUGAUUAAUCUGCAGCAACUAGAAGACAAAUGGAGAAAAUCCCUGUAACAUUCUUUGCGUAUACUCACCCUGGCUUUUGCCUUCCCUCCACAGCCAUUUUUAGACAAUUCCUUUGUAUUGCAUUCAAACCAAUCAAAAACAUUGGCUGCCAGUUCUUUUCCA